AUCAUCAUCUCGGAAUUUCCAUUUUGGCUUCUCCAGCAGCCUCCAGGACUCCCUUUUAAAGGGGGCUGAAUCCAGCUGCUGCACACUGAGCUUCAUCAUCCAGAGCUUCUGCUCCUGCUCCGACAGCCCUCACCCGACGGAAAGAUGAAAGUCUCUGCAGCUGGAUUGGCUCUUCUCAUCAUUUUAGCCUCCUUCUUCCAAACUUUCUGUAGCCCAGCGGGACUCGACAUCCCAAUCUGCUGUUUCACAUACAGACAGCACAAACUCCCGUGGAAGCUCAUCCAACGUCAUUACAUCACCAGCAGCAGCUGUCCCCAGCCGGCCGUCGUGUUUGUCACAAAGCAAGGCCGCCAGGUAUGUGCCAAUCCCAAAAACAGCUGGGUCCGAAGCUACCUGCAAAUCUUGGAGCAGAACUAAGCCAAGCAGUAUGGCAAGAGUAGCUGCUGUC